GAUAGAAAAAUAUUCAUUGCAUUGAACCAAACAGAACAUAACAUAAUCACAUAACAAAAACAUGGAAUUCAAGAAAGUACCUGAAGUGAUGUUAAAUUCAGGGAAGAAGAUGCCAAUUAUGGGGCUUGGAACUGCAACAAGUCCUCUUCCACCCAAUGAAGAACUCGCUUCAAUUUUGGUUGAAGCCAUUGGAGUUGGUUACAGGCAUUUUGACACUGCAGCAAUAUAUGGCACAGAAGAGGCUGUAGGGAAAGCUGUGUCGAAGGCAUUAGAGGUAGGUCUAAUAAGAGAGCGUGAUGAUGUUUUCAUUACUUCAAAGCUAUGGAACACUCAUGCUCAUCAUGAUCUUCUUCUUCCAGCCCUCAAAACAACACUCCAAAAGCUGAGGUUGGAGUAUGUGGAUAUGUAUUUGAUUCAUUGGCCAGUGAGGUUAAGACAAGAUGUUGAAGGCUUCAACUUUACUGGUGAAGAUGUGAUACCAUUUGACAUAAGAGGAACAUGGGAAGCCAUGGAAGAAUGUUAUAGAUUGGGAUUAGCCAAGUCUAUUGGUGUUAGCAACUUUGGCAUAAAAAAGCUCACACAACUCUUGGAAAAUGCCACUAUUCCUCCAGCUGUUAAUCAGGUUGAAAUGAACCCAUCAUGGCAACAAGGGAAGCUAAGAGAAUUCUGCAAACAAAAUGGGAUCCAUGUGAGUGCAUGGUCACCACUUGGAGCAUACAAAGUGUUUUGGGGUUCAACUGCAGUCAUGGAGAACCCAAUUCUUCUGGAAAUUGCUGAAGCUAGAAACAAGAGUGUGGCACAGAUAGCUCUGAGAUGGAUAUGUGAAGAAGGAGCAAGUGCCAUUGUGAAGAGUUUCAACAAGGAGAGGAUGAGAGAGAACCUUGACAUAUUUGAAUGGGAACUGAGCCAAGAGGAAUCAGACAAGAUCAGCAAGAUUCCACAGAGCCGGCUCUAUAAGGCAGAAUUUUUUGUAUCUCAGAACGGUGUUUACAAGUCCUUGGAAGAGCUUUGGGAUGGGGACCCUUAAACAAGAGCUCUUUGCAAUGAGGUUAUGAUUGACAGACUUUUACUAGGGAGUGGAUUUCUUAAUUUUUUUUCCUUUUUCUUUUGGUGUCCAUCCAAAGUUGUUCACAUAUAUAUGAGUAUAAACUACAAUUUAAGAUAAUGUUUCCUAGCUAGAAGCACCUCUAUACUUGCAUUUUCCAAUUCAAACAAUUUUAUUUAAAAUUCUCUCUGCCUAACAAAAUGAUAUAUUUAGGAACAUCUACUAGCAUGCAUGGAUUAUGGGGGCAAAAUGGCAAAUAUUCAAUAAGGCAAUAAAAAACACCUUGCAUGAGUUUCCAGCUUCCAUUUAGUGUGUGGACACAAUAUAGCCACAACAACUAAAAAAUCAAAUCACUAUACAAUAAAAACAAUUAUUAAAUUUAUUGAGUUUAGAAAACUUGAAUUAUUGUGAUGAUCAAACAUUAUUAAUCAGGAAAAUUAUUAAUUCAACAUUUGCUUUAAAUUGGUGGUUUAAUGUUGCUAUUAAUGUGCAGGAAAUUAAAACAAGUUUUCUACUUGGGCUAAAAAAAAAUAUAAGCUCAAUACGAUGACAGUGAUUAGCCUUUGUACAAAAUAUUUCAAGCUAUGUGUCUGAAUGACUUAAAAGGAAAACAAAGCUAUUUGGGCCAAGUAAUUUGUGAAUAGCCCAAAACAAUUUUGUUGGUAGACCAACAAAGCUUUUGGUCCAAAAAUUGAAGAAAGAAGAAAUAGAAAGAGAAGUGGUUCGGUUACCCACUCUCUCAUGACGGUGGAAUUCAAAUUUUAAUUCAAUUAAAUUCAUGCAUUGGUAACUAAAAGAGAAAAUUAAAAUUGAUUUAACAGCAUUGAAUGCUCCACACGUUACUCCAUUCUUUGGAAAUUGUUAGUGCGAUUUUCAUUUCAUUUAAUCUUACAUUUA